GCACCCGAUGAAAAACUGUCUUAUGAAUUCCGUCAUCCUAUCUGAAACAAUUGAAAUCCAUCUUCCAUUUGUGGGCGAGAAAAGUUUCAGUCGGCUGCUUAGAGCGAUUUUUUCUACGUCUCCCUGGAAUCUUUUAAAACUUUUAAAAAUAUUCUGCAAGGAACAAAACGCGUAGCCUUCUGAUCAAUUUUUUAAAAUCUUUUUGCAUAGUUAAUAAACUUGAUAAACAGUUCCAUUGGUGAUUUACGAGUAUUAUUUAAUCCUUUUGCUAACUUAUGAAUUUUUCUGACGAUUAUGUCGAAUCUGAGUCUUGGCUCACAGAAAGAAUUUUUUCGCAACUGAAAGAAUACAAUCCACACGAAAAGGAUAAUAAUGCGGAGAUACCUUCGACGUCUUCAAAUCACCCAAUAGUCUCAGAGAGUCAUGAUAGAAACUCUGUGGAAAUUUCAAAUGGGCAGCAGCCGUUUGGAGACGGUUUAACUGAAAAUAAAGUGUUAAUAAAUGAUGUUGUGCCAUCGGAAAGUUUUCAAAAUGAAAGCAUGAUGGGUCUGCAACACAAUGGAAAUGUGGCGGAAAAUAGUUCCUACAUUACGCCAAUCGCAACAGAUUUGACUAACCAGGAAAUCUCACGAAUGGCAUGGGAAGCGCUGGCAAAUUUGAAUGAAGGGUCGAAAGAUGCACUACUUGUACUUGAUGCUGAGCAUACGCAACGUUAUUUGGAAUUGAUGAAAGCCUGCGGAGCGAUGCCAUAUGAAUAUUAUCCGGUUUCAGAUGAUGUUGUGGUCGUAAAUGAAUCCUCCACCAACGAACCAGGCCAAACUUCGACCGAUGGUCAACCUAGCGCCAUCCAAUGCACCAACUGUGAUAAAAUAUUCGAAGAAGCCGAAUUUGUUUCGCAUGUUUGUGAAUAUGAUGAAAAUAAAACACUUAUCAAGGAUGAGGAAGAAGUCAAAUGUGCAACAACCGAAGAAACUGUUGAACCUCCAUGCAUUCGCCAGCUUCGUGAAAACAACGCUCGUAUUCGUAAAUUUCUCAAAGACGAGCUCAAAAUUGAUUUAGGGGGACCUACCAAGAAACAAGAUGGGCCGCAUGAAUGCACGAUGUGUGAAAGAAAAUUCGUCCACGCCUCUGGAUUGGUUAGACAUAUGGAAAAGCAUGCAUUGGAUUUGAUUCCAGUCACCACGAAUAGCAACCAAUCUGGUAGUGGUUUGAGAGUUGUCAGUAAAUGUUUAAUUUGUGGUCGAAUAUUGUUCUCGACCAUGGAGGGACUCAAACAUAUCGCAGAUGCGCACGAGAAGCUAAGUGAAAACCAUGAAGACGAGAAUAUGUCAGAAGAGGAGGAAGGAAUUGGAGACAUUCAGCCAGAAAAUAUUUCGAGUGCCGGGAAUUGUAUAGUAGCCGCGAAGGAUGCCAAUUCUGACAACGAGCGACGAGUCACUGCAUACCUCAAAGUCGUUAUUUUGAAUUCAAUACUGCAAUGCGAAUUCUGUGAUUUUUCAUUUUCUGAAGUGUCGGACCUUUUGCUGCAUGAGUCCUCGCACGAUCCCCUACGCGGAUUCGAAUGCUCGUCAUGUGGAAUAAGCGUUCCAACUUCCAAAGAAAUUUUCCUACACUGGCAGGCUGAGUGUCCAUACGUAAAAGAUGAAAGCAGAAAAAAUAUCAACUUACAAAAGUAUUUUGUUUGCAAUGUAUGCGAAAAUAAAUUCAGUUCGCAUGAACAAUUAUAUGAUCAUCGAUAUUCGUCGUAUCACCUCUUCCCGCGUCUGAGUAAAACGUUAAGCAUUAUGCAAGUAGGUUGUGAAUAUUGUGGUAUAUUUCACGAAAGUGCCAAGUCGAUAAUGAAACAUCAUGAGGAAAAACAUAUAAAGAAAAUAAAAAAAGAGAGCACAACAAAAUACCGGCAGUAUUUGUGUGAUGUGUGCGGGAAGUCGUACACGCAGUCAAGUCAUUUGUGGCAACAUUUGCGGUUCCAUAGAGGUGUUAAACCAUUUGCCUGUAAAGAGCCAGGUUGUAAUCGGCGAUUCACUAUCCGUCCGGAUCUUAACGACCAUAUUCGUAAAUGUCACACCGGCGAACGACCUUAUCAUUGCCUUGUAUGUGGCAAGAGAUUCCUUACAGGUUCGGUUUUCUAUCAACAUCGAUUGAUACACCGUGGUGAGCGACGCUACGGUUGCGAAGAAUGCGGUAAGCGCUUUUAUCGGGCAGAUGCAUUGAAGAAUCACCAAAGGAUCCAUACUGGCGAGAAGCCGUAUGGGUGUAUGUACUGCAGCAAAAGUUUCAGACAACGAGGUGACCGUGACAAGCACAUCAGAGCUCGUCAUGCAAAUCUUGAUGCGAAUGCUCGGAGCAUCGCUGCGAAUUCGAAAGAUGGAAUGCCGAAUCCCGGAGGUGUGGUUUAUGUGGGCAACGUGGCCUUCCCAACGAGUAUGUUCAAACCGAUGAUGCGUGAUAUAGACGAGAGUAUUUAUUGUGGCAAAUAGAGCGGAACUCUGCAGUGUUUAUGCUGAAUAAUGCACUAAAGAAUCUCUGAAACUCUUAAAAGUAUAUUUAAACAAAAGUAGUGUUGUAUAUAUUUGAGUAGUUGAAUAAAUAUUGCUAUCCUCUCUACAGC